AUGGCGCUUUGGCGGGUGGUGGGGGGGGAGCAGAGUGGCGGGCUCUUGGCGCGGGAGGGGCCCUCCAUCAAGAGCCGGGCGCUGGGCGAGCGCCUCAGCGUGGGAGCCUUGGUGAAGGAGCUGGCUCGCGCGGAGCCCGGGCACCGGCUGCGCUUUGCGCUGCUGGAGGGCUCGGGGCCUGCGGAGGGCUGGGCCUCCUGGCGCCUGAAGACCGGCAAGGAGCUUCUCGUGCGAGAGACAAGUGCGGGUAGCACGGAGCCCCGUGAUUCGCAGGGUGAAACGCAUCCAGCCAGCGCAACUGCCAAAGCUGCGAGCCAAAGCUCGAGCAUCGGCGGAGGAGGACCGAGCGUUGAAAGUGCCUGGGAUGCGGCGCAUGCGGCGCAUGCGGCGCAUGCAGUGGGCUCCGCCGUGCUGACCAGGCCACCUCCAGAGGACCCCCUGGACCAGAUGUACGGCCUAAAGACUCCGCACCCAGAGACCACGCCCCGGGGCGUGCCGCUGCCAGGCUCGGUGCUCCCAGUAACUGCCGACGAGUUUGGAGAUGUACCGCUUGGCAAGAGGUUGGUGCACGUGGAUUUCGUCAGCUGUACGAGCUGA